CCUGCCCCAGAAGACUGCAGCCUAGCACUGCCGUACAGUAGUUGUCUGUGUAAAUUCCUUUCGAUCAUUUUUUCGUUUGCGCGGACUGCUAAUCGAACAGACGACGCGUUCGACGUCGUACAACAGGUUCACUGACGUACGACGUACCGAGACAAGAAAAUUCGUACAGUUGCAACUAAUGGACAAACAACAGUCAUCAUCAUCAUUGCCAACACGUGAGACAAACGUUUCAGCACUGCGAAGAAUUAGGUAUUCUCAACCGGCACUAGCAUCACAAUAUACCAGCUAUUAUGGAAUAGAUUCCUAUUCAAGACAUAGAGUAAUGUCACCACCACCUAGUAUUUCUCGAAUAACAGCAGGACCUUAUACAACCAAUAGACCACCCUACACUAACGUCAAUUACAGAAAUCAAUUGCAAAAGGAUAGACAAGGUAUAUCUCAAGCACCAGCUCAGUCUUAUGUUCAAAGAAUGCAGGCACAAAGAACAUUGCCGAUCACUAGAAUGAGAGCUAAAGACCCUUUCCAGUCAGCAUCUAGGCAGAUAAGUACAAGCACGUUGGCCUCGAUACCAUCCUUUGAUGGAUCAAUUGCUGAACACGAAGUAAUGACUACUCACUUGCAACAAUCUUCAGUUCUAUCAAGUGACGACUACAUUCAAAUGUAUAAACUAGCGCUUUCAAAUCCCAAAACAGGAAUAACACUUCAGAAAAAGAGAAUCAAUGGUAGAUUUCGUCGAAAUAUCUUCACAGGUGUUGAUGCUGCAAAGUGGUUUAUGGACAACAUGGACAACAUUCUAACAGUUGAUGCAGCAGCGUCAGUUGGCCGAAAGUUAGUAGCACUAGGAAUUAUUCAAAAUGCUUCUGAUGCAGAACUGACAGAUUUUAUUGUUUCUCCUCAAUCGUUCUACAGUUUUACAGAUGACAAACAGGAAAAGAGAACGUAUACGGCUUCCAGCAUUCAAGAGCAUCACAGUGAUUCUCCACGAGAAGGUGAGGUAAACACAACAUAUCACGAUCUCACACAAACAAAGCAACAAGGAUGGUUCUUCAAACUAUUUGGUAGCUGCUGUCCCAAUCAGUGAACCAACUGUUAGAACAAGAACACUGUGAACAUUACCUAAAACUAA